UGUCCCCGCCCCCUGCACGGCACGAUGGUCGCGCAAGAAUGUGAUCCGGUCCCGCCGGCCGCCAUUUUCUUUCUUUCUUAGCAGCGCGCUGGGAGAGGGAGCUCCGGGACGCGCGGCAGCGGCCACCGCAGCUGGGCCAUGGCAGACUACUCAACGGUCCCCCCUCCGGCCUCGGGCUCGGGCGGCGGCGGUGGCGGCGGCGGCGGCGUCAAUGACGCCUUUAAGGACGCGCUGCAGCGAGCGCGGCAGAUUGCAGCCAAAAUUGGAGGUGAUGCAGGCACAUCACUGAAUUCAAAUGACUAUGGUUAUGGGGGACAAAAAAGACCUUUGGAGGAUGGAGAUCAGCCAGAUGCUAAGAAGGUCGCUCCUCAGAAUGAUGCCUUUGGAACCCAGUUACCGCCAAUGCAUCAGCAACAAAGGUCGGUAAUGACAGAAGAGUACAAAGUUCCGGACGGAAUGGUUGGAUUCAUAAUUGGCAGAGGAGGGGAGCAGAUCUCACGCAUACAACAGGAAUCUGGAUGCAAAAUACAGAUUGCUCCUGACAGUGGCGGCCUGCCCGAAAGGUCUUGUAUGCUAACUGGGACCCCCGAAUCUGUUCAAUCAGCCAAGAGGUUACUCGACCAGAUCGUUGAAAAGGGAAGGCCAGCCCCUGGCUUUCAUCAUGGGGAUGGACCAGGCAAUGCUGUUCAAGAAAUCAUGAUCCCAGCCAGCAAGGCUGGAUUAGUUAUUGGAAAAGGUGGAGAGACCAUUAAACAGCUUCAGGAGCGAGCUGGUGUUAAAAUGGUGAUGAUUCAGGAUGGACCCCAAAACACGGGUGCCGACAAGCCUCUAAGGAUCACGGGCGACCCCUACAAAGUCCAACAAGCCAAGGAAAUGGUCUUGGAGUUAAUCCGUGAUCAAGGGGGCUUCAGAGAGGUGCGGAAUGAAUAUGGGUCAAGAAUAGGAGGAAAUGAAGGCAUAGAUGUCCCUAUCCCAAGAUUUGCUGUAGGAAUUGUGAUCGGCAGAAAUGGCGAGAUGAUCAAAAAGAUUCAGAACGAUGCCGGGGUCAGGAUCCAGUUCAAGCCAGAUGACGGGACCACCCCGGACCGAAUAGCCCAGAUCACGGGCCCUCCAGACCGAUGUCAGCAUGCGGCAGAGAUCAUCACUGACCUGCUUCGAAGUGUCCAGGCUGGCAACCCUGGUGGACCAGGACCUGGUGGUCGUGGCCGAGGCCGGGGCCAAGGCAGCUGGAGCAUGGGGCCGCCCGGUGGACUGCAGGAAUUCAAUUUUAUCGUUCCAACUGGGAAAACUGGACUAAUCAUAGGAAAAGGUGGAGAAACUAUCAAAAGCAUAAGCCAACAGUCUGGUGCUAGAAUAGAACUCCAGAGAAACCCCCCACCAAACGCAGACCCCAACAUGAAGUUAUUCACAAUACGGGGAACUCCCCAGCAAAUUGAUUACGCACGGCAGCUCAUCGAGGAAAAGAUUGGUGGUCCGGUUAACCCCUUAGGUCCACCUGUUCCCCAUGGGCCUCAUGGUGUUCCCGGCCCCCAUGGGCCUCCAGGACCUCCAGGGCCUGGGAAUCCAAUGGGGCCCUACAACCCUGCACCUUACAACCCAGGACCGCCAGGCCCUGCUCCUCACGGUCCUCCAGCUCCAUAUGCUCCCCAAGGGUGGGGAAAUGCCUAUCCCCAUUGGCAGCAGCAGAACCCACCUGAUCCAGCAAAAACAGGUACAGACCCAAAUUCUGCAGCUUGGGCUGCUUAUUAUGCUCAUUAUUAUCAGCAGCAAGCACAGCCACCUCCUGCAGCUCCAACAGGUGCACCAACUACAACUCAGACUAAUGGACAAGGAGAUCAGCAAAAUCCAGCUCCAACUGGACAGGUUGAUUAUACCAAGGCUUGGGAAGAGUACUACAAAAAAAUGGGUCAACAAGGGCAGACACAGGAUUAUUCAAAGGCUUGGGAGGAAUAUUACAAGAAGCAAGGUCAAGCUGUUCCUGCUCCCACUGGAGCCCCCCCCGGGGGCCAGCCCGAUUACAGCGCGGCCUGGGCCGAAUACUACCGCCAGCAGGCCGCGUACUAUGCGCAGACCAGUCCCCAGGGGAUGCCGCAGCACCCACCAGCCCCACAGGGCCAAUAAUAAGAAGUGGACAAUACAGUAUUUGCUUCAUUGUGUGGGGGAAAAAAACCUUUGUUAAAUGUAUGGAUGCAGACGCCUUGAUGAAGAUCUUAAUUUUGUUUUGGUUUAAAAAAAAAUAGUGUUUUUUGAAAAUGUACAAAAUAUCUAUCACUACUGAUAGGAGGUAAUAUUUCUGUGUAGAAAUGAACAUUGGUUUGUUUUUAGUAUCUUAGUGUAGAUGUACACAUUCCAGCAAAUGUAUUUGCAACUAUUAUGUGGUCAAUGCUUUGUGAUAUAAAUGUACUUUUUCAAUGUAUACUUUCACUUUUAAAAUGCUUGUUUUGUGCUUUACAAUAAAUAAUAUGAAACCUCCUGUGUCGGUAAGUUGGAUAUGUGGGUAUGUCAAGGAUUCCGAAUUGCUUAGCUGUGAUGGAUUAAGAUACAGGUACACAAAGAGAAGCUUUCCCCAUGAAAUCUUAAUAGAGCUUUGAAACUGAAGUCACUGGCAUGUUCUUUUUUCCCCCUUUGCAGUUUAGUGGUAGUUGGAGGAGCUUUCCCACUUGGUCUAGGACUGUUGGGCACAAAUAAUCUGGAGAUCUCGGUUUUCCUUCUGUUGAACUAUAAGAAUUGCAUGUGUAGGAUGACCUUACAGCAUUUCCUUUAACACAUGACCGCUGUUUCAGGCCUGGGCCGCUGCUAUAAACAACAGUUAACCUUUCUGUUCUUAAUUGGAUAAUACCUUGGUUACCAAGACUGUCUGAGCAUAAAUGAUUUUAAACAUUUUUCAGAGAGCAAAUAUGAACUAGCAUUUUCCUUUGUAAAGCCUGUCUUCUGAGGAUGCCUUUAGAGAGCAUAACUGCUUCUGUCAUUGAAACCUGAGGUUAGAGCCAUUUUUGGAAAUAUGGAUAAGCUAUGUUUUGUAAAUGCACAAGUCCAAUCAUUGAACCAACUAAUUUUUUGAUGUACUUGAAUCCUUUUCUUACUCUUUAACAUUUGUGCUGCAAUUUUGAUAUUUGGUUGAAAUCCAUUGUUUUGCUCUUUGCAUAUUUGUUGGCUCUUUGCAUAUUAAUCUAUUAGACAACAUGCAAAUACAGUCUGUCUUGCCAUUGUCUGUUGAAGCGCAGGUUUGAACCAUCCAGUAUAGGACUAGAUCUGUAGGGGUGAGGAGGCCUGGGCUGUCUGUCUGUCAUCCUUGAUUGUGUUCCUUCAAGGAGCAUGGCACUGUAAGUACAUCAGAAUGACAAAUGGCUGUCAAAUGUUCCACAUAAUGCAAAUGCCGUACUUUGUGUGAAUAUUAUGUUGGAAUACAGUGCUGAGAGCUUGGGCUGUCUUAUCUAUAACUAUCAAUAUCUAGAUAUGAUUUUUUUUUAAAUGGGAGCUUAAUGGGUAAGUAUUUAUGAAAUGCUUAGCUAUAGCAAAACAAAGUAAUCUUUACAAAAGUGAAUAUAGUAUUUUCCUCUGGUGCUCCUGAGGUAAAAAGAUUGUUUUUCAGUAUGAAAAAUGCAUAUCUUGUAUAUGAAACGCAAAAGAAUUGGAAACUGUUUUGUCAGACAGAAAUUUUCCGUUUGAUUGCAAAUAAUAAGCCAUGUGGAUGCUCCUUGACACCAGCCCUUCACUGGGGAGGGAGGCCCAUUGGUGGUUCUGAGUAUAUUCUAAAGGAAGGGUGUAGGGACAUCAGCAUGAGGCUACUUGCUCCAUUGGGGUUGUGGAAUGAGCAGUGACCGCCCUCCCACCUGCCAGACCAGACCAGGAAGACAGACGGAUAGCAGUAGUCAGGGAGCUCGUGGCUGCAGAGAGGGAUCAUGACCCUGUCUGCGAGCAAGAGCAUUGGCGGUACAUUGAUUUAUCAGUUCAGUUGGAUUCCCUGUCCUAAGUCACAAAAUGGAGGCUGUUGAUUUUGAUUCAUUUAAGGUUUAAAAUCGUUCUUAAUUGCAAACAGUGCAAUUAUUUAUACUUCACAGUGCCUUCCCAGACCUUCCACCUUAGGUUCUGCUCCAAAAAGCAACAGGUAAGCACAACCUAAGGAACUCUAUAAAUAAAUAUUUCAGUACAUUAAUGUUGUCCCUGUGAGAUUUUUGUGGUUGUGUAUUCAAAAGCAAUCUGCUACUGCUUUACCACAAUGUAUUCUGUUAUUCAUGGUUCCAUUUCAGUGGAAAAAGUCUGUAAGUUGUUCAAACAACCGUUGACAUUUCUGGGUAAAUGUUUUUUUGUUUCUCUUUUUUUUUUUUUUUUUUUUCUUUUUCCGGUUUGUUUUUAAUUUUAAGAUGAGUGGAUUGCUGCAAUAAUUGAAUUAUAGCCAAAUCAUUUUAUUAACUUUUUUUCUUGAAUAUAGCAGAUUGUUACAAUUAAGAGAGCACAGUUAAAUUUUUCAAUAUACAGGAAAUAAUUGGUCAGAAACUUCAACAGCCUUCACAUAUGUUUCUAAUGAUUGACAGGACAUUUUCCCUGCCUUCCAAAGCUAAAUAUUGAUCCUUUGUUUCUUACUAUUGAAGCUUAUUAAUUCAGUAAAAGGUUAUAUAAUGGGUCAGAAUUUUAGUAUGAUUUUAGAGCAUUUAGUUGCCAUAAUUAUACACUGAAAAAAUGAUAUUUCAUUUAUAUAAUACUGGCAGUGUGUGUUUUUUUAAAUAGGCAUAUCUAUGCAUCAUUGAAAUGUUAACUGUAUAGCAAAUAGCCUUCAUAAUUUGUAUAGAAAUCAGUAAUUUUCUGAUCUGUAAUACUUUGAUGCUGCAUUUAAAAAAAUAAUUAUUUUGUUUUGAGUGUUCUUUUCAUUGUUUUGAUUUGGGGGUUGUUUUUGGGGUUUUUUUUUCUUGCCAGUUUAAAAUGUUUGUGUUUUUAUAGAUAAUUUUUAACUGGUACAAAGUCUUGGGGGAUGUUGUUUUUUGUUUGGGUUGGGUUUUUCUUGGUGGGGGGAUGUGGGGUUUUUUUGUUUUGUUUGGGUUUUGGGUUUUUGUUUUUGUUUUUUGUUUUUGUUUUUGUUUUUUAGUUGAAAGUAGAAAAGCAGCAUCAUAUCAGUUUUUGUUUCUUCAUUUUCUAAAAUGUGCUGAUCCUUUUCAAAAGUCCUGCUUCUCUCUCCAUUUAAGAUACAUAUUCAAAAGUACUGCCUCCAUGUUCACACACAGUGCUGAAGAUCCGCGAAUACCCAACCAUAGCUCAUAGACAAGGGCCCUGAGGUAGUUACUGCCCCAGAGAGGAAGGAGCCCUUGGGCUGUAGGCCAUUGGCGAGCCGAUGAGCAUGGAUCGUAGAAGGGCUCGAGGUAGAAGGUAAAAUGGGCAAAAACCGUAUUCCCAGACAGAACGGAUCCACUCUGAUUUGCUGCCAUAAAUUUGCUGCUCAUAAAUGUUCUAUGAACUGUUAAGUUUCUUGAAUUAUGUAGCUGCUGCACCACUCCUGUUUCCAUUUGUUCUUUUUUAUAUAAACAGCCAUGGUCAGGUGUGUUAAGUUUUAUAAUAUAAGGAUUUCUUUAAAACCUGUGAGUCAUCACAUUUUGCAGUUUUAGCUUGAAAUUUUAUAGAUAAAAAUAAGACCUGAAUGCUGAUAGUUAUGCUCUUAGAUGAUGUAUUAUAGGAGCAUUGUUUCUGUCUCUUGAGAACUUUCUAAAAUUCAUGACCAUAAGCCUUCACUGCUCUUACCAGCCAGCAUUUGUUAACAGUGAAAAAUGGAAAGCAGAAAAGGUGAGCCAGCCCAUUUGACUACAGUGGUGGUUAGGAGGUUUGAGGAUAGGAUGCUUAACCUGGAGUUGUAGUCUUUAUAACACCCCAAAUAUACAGGGAAUUUGUUUGUUUUACUUUUCUUCUUGGGUUACUGAGUGUAGUAGUACUUCAGUAUUUCUUUCAGAAAUGGGAAAAUAAAGUAAAUAUUAUUUUUCAUUGAAGUUUAUAUUUAGAGAUUGUAAACAUCAUAAAAUUAUUACUUCAAAGAAGGGGGUUUUGCUGGUUAAAAUGGGAAGGGUCAUGGUGGGGAUGAAUUCAGAAGAACAGAAAAAUAUGCAGAUGUCUUGUAGAAUCAUUUCUAACAUUUCAUCUCUUUGGCAAGGAUGCCAAAAGAAAUUGUGUCACCAAGGUGGGAGGAAAAAAAGUAAUGUAGAGUUCUGAUAGGUUAUUUCAUUAUGAUUUGCUGCCAAUUCUCACUUUAAUAUGCCUCUUUUGUUUUUUUUUUUUUUUGUUUUAUUUUGUUUUUUAACAUCCUCAUUGAGAACUUCAUUGGGUGCUUUAAAAAGCACUGGUUUUGUAUUUUAUUCUGAGUUUUCUUUCCACACUAUAAUUGUUCUGGGGGGAGGGGGGAAAUGAGGGUGGGGGUUAGGAUUUAUAAAUCAGCUUUCAAAAGGAAAUCAGUUUUUAAGAUUUUAUAUUCUUUAGUUAUCCCUAUGAAACUCUUAUAUGUAUUUCCGCAUAUAUAUAUAUAUAUAUUUUUCUUAUGCAUGCUCGAUGCAUUUUCGUCCUGAGAAAAGUGUUCUCUACAGAAACUACCCGUGUGUUUAAAGAAGAUUGGCUUUAAAAGGCUACUGUGAUGGGAACAGUGUCUUAGGGAGAUGCAGCUUGGACUUGAGGUAAAUUGAAUGCUUUACAAAAUGUGGUUUAGAGCUUGCUAUAAUGACAUUUGUAUGUAAGAAGGGCACACGUUACUGGAAUUUUGUAUCAUUUAUGGUUUUCUCAAUAAAUGUAACUGAAUGGACAUGCUA